AAUAUAUAUAUAUAUAUAUUCAAUUAUUAUUUUCUUUUAAUUUUUAAUUUUUAUUCAAAAAGUUCCAUGCGUUUUAAUGUUUUACUAUUAAGUGUGUAAUGCAAAUAAGUAAAAAAAGAAAUUGAAGAGAGAGAAGAAGAAGAAGAAGAAGAUUUUAUCAUUACUUUUUUUAGAAUAUUAGAAUUAUAUAUAGAGUAUAGAAAAUAUUUACAUUUUAAACCGUAUUAAAAUAUGACUCUGUAUAUUACGACAUAUUGCAAUUUUGCAAUAAAGAGUGCAUUUGCAGAGUGAAAGAGAGAGAGAGAGAGAGAGAGAGAGAGAGAGAGAGAGAGAAAGAAAGAGAGAAAGAAAGUGAGCGUAAGAAAGAAAAAUAUAUAUUUUAAUUCGUCAAAAUAUUUUAUUAAUCAUUAUAUGUAUCAACAUUGUUAACAAAAUAUUUACUUUUUCUGCUUCUGAAUAUAAGUACAUACAAAUACAUCCCAGACACACACACACACACAAACAAGUACUUACAUGCAAAUGCGUUCCAACGUAUCUCUUAAAUCAUUUUAUUAUAUAGUUAUUAUUAUCUCUUCUAACAAUAAGUAGAAUAAAAAAAAAAAAAAAUUACGAACAACAAACAAAAGUAAGGUAGAUACUUAUAUACUUGUGAUAGAAACUGAGAGAAAAAUAAUUAAAAAAUAUAAAAUAAAAGAAAAAAAAAGUAUAUAUGUAUAGAUAUAUACAUAUAUAUAUAUAUAAUAACAAAGUAAAGAAACUCUCGCGAUACUUAAAAGCAUGUUCUUAUUAGAAAUAUACAAUUUGUAAAACAUACAAAUUACAAAAAAUACACAGGAAACACACAAAAUCGUCAGUAGAAAAUGACACAUCGUGUAUUAUUGUAGUAUUUGGCACACGUUAUUGUAUUCACACCACUGAUAUUACCUAUAUUGAGAGAAGAUUGUUAAAAAAAAAAGAAUGAAGAAAAAAAAAAAGAACCGAUCAUUAAUUGUUACGAAGUGAGAUGAUAGAGAAAGAGAAAUAAUAAAAAGAAAACAAAACUGUAAAUAAUUUAAUUAUAGUACAGUAUUAAGAAGUAAUAAUUAGUAAUAUAGGCUCUUAGUAGCUAAUUUACGCCUUAAGAAAUAGAGAAUGAGAACCGAAUAAAACAUAUUUUAAUUGCUUUCCGUUUUAAAUUCUUAUUUACUUAAAUAUUUCAUCUUUGUUUAUUUUUUUUCGAUGUCAAUUGUGACCUUUAGUCGUAUACAAAAUAUAAGUGACAUUACUCUCCUGUAUCUCUUUCACACAAAAUAUAUAUAUUUACUUUAAUUAUUCCACGAGUAUGGAUUAAAUAUGAAAUUGAAUUGUUAAUGUAUAAAUGGCAUCGCCACGAUUAAUUUCUAAACUUCGAACUUUAUCUCCAAUAUCAAGUUCAAGGUAAUACAAACGUUUCAUUCAUUUAAAUAAAAUAUUUUAUUAGAAAACCUGUCUUGUGUUGUUCCUUUCAAUGAAAUAUCAUCAUUUGUAGGAAUUCAUUGAGUCCUAGAAGUCUUAUAACAAAUAAUAAUUAUGUUAAAUCACCAGAAAACAAAAAUAAGUUAUCACCUUUUAACGUUAAUACACCUGAUAGAAAAGAAAUUCUUAAAAAUGGUCUUCCUAAUAAACAACGAACUGUAUUAGGUACUGGUGGCUUUGGUACGGUGUACAAAGCGGUGUACAAAGGUAAUUUUAAUUAAUUUAUCAAACAAAAAUUAUACUAUUAUAGGAUUUAAUUGAUCGCUCUAACUUUUAUAAUAUAGGAACUCAAGUGGCAGCUAAAAUAUUGGAGAAAUCAAAGAAUAGAAAUAAUACUAUCGAUUCAGAGAAACACGCUUGCUUAUUGAGGCAUGCCAAUAUCGUCAAUAUUUUAAGCAUAGAGGAAGGAGCUGCUUUAUCAUUAAUAACAAUGGAAUUAUGUGGUAUCACGUUGCAAGAUCAAUUGGAAGAAAAAGAAUUAGAUAAAAGAGAACGUAUUCGUAUUUGGAGGGGUAUAGCUUGCGCGCUUCAAUUCUGUCAUAAAAUGGGUGUUGUUCAUGCCGAUGUGAAGCCAAAAAAUAUUUUAAUCGGUAAUUGUGGUCAGCCUAAACUUACAGACUUUGGAAGUUCUGUGUUAAUAAACGAAGUACACGAAGAACAGAUAUCUUAUAUAAUGACAAGUACGCCAGGUUACGCAGCACCAGAGGUGUUAUGCGGUAUGAUUCCUAGUCCUGCCGCAGAUAUUUAUUCAUUAGGCAUAUUAGCUUGGCAAAUACUUUCUAGAAAAAUACCAUUCGUGGGAUUGCACGUGCAUACUAUUAUCUAUUUAUCUAUAAAAGGAAAAAGACCUUCCGAUGAAGAUCUCAAUGAUGAAUUUGAAGGACGAUAUAAAUCAUUGUAUAGAGAAAUGUGGUCUCCACAAAUGAAAGCUCGACCAGUAGCAAGUGAAGUCAUCGAUAUGCUUGAUAUCCUAAUGGAUAAGUAGAUUUUAUUUAAAAUUAAAUAAUAUUCUAUACUUGCGAGUAUACCUGUAACUUAUUUUUAUACAUUAU